ACUAAAAUGGCUGCGCCCUAUGUUUAGGAGGAAUCAAGUUUGCUAAAAUUCGUUUGGUAAACCGAGGUGUAUUAUUCUGAUUCCACGAUCUAUUCAGAUUAUUAGCAAUUUUAUUCACACAUCCUAUACCAAAAACUUCUGUUAUCAUUCAAAAUGAGUUUACUUAGAAUUUGUGGCGCAUUAUCUCCGCUCCGAGCGAUCACCAUCCUGCAAAAACUCCAGUCAAAGCUUCCAGUGAGCGGCGUGUCUAUCCAUCUUACGAACGUGUGUUUUGGCGGACUGAGGCGACAUGUUUUCGCACACCGUGACCUUUGCACAUCCACCCAGCCCUCCAGAGAUGUCGCCCUGUUCCAACACGACAGAACGGGCUUCUUCCGCCUCCUCGCUGUCUUCUGCGGGGGGCAGUUUGCCUUCUGGGCGUACCUGGCUCACUUCGCCUACACUGGCCUCAGAGAUACUGGGAACGCUCGGGAGAAGGAGAAAAGAAAGAUUCCCUCCAGCACCGCUUUGGGUGGGAUAUGGAGUUUUGAAAUGAACCUUGGAUCCAGCACCUGGAGGUACAGCUUCACGCUAGGAUGUGUGACAAUAGGAGCGGGCAUAGUGGGACUGGGAAUUCUAUUUUGUCGGCGCUCUGUCAGUCAGGUGGUUUUGCACCAAGGUGGAAAGAUGGUGUCAGUUAUGACACAGUCACCUCUGGGAAUGGGCCACGGCCGGAAAAUAACGAUCCCGUUGUCCCAGGUUGCCUGUCAUGCCCACAGACAGGAGUCCCCCUCAUUCAUCCCCCUCAAAAUCAAGGGACACAAGUUCUACUUUCUGCUGGACAAAGAGGGCAGGAUGAACAAUGUUAAACUUUUUGAUGUAACAGUUGGUGCAUACCGUCCUCUAUAAACAAUUCACUGUAUCGCCUCAAUUAGUGGAUGGGAUUUAUCUACUCAACUGGUGAGACAUUUGCCAAAGAGGAGCCCUUUAUCUGUAAAAAUGUAUUUGAAUGAUGUGUUUUCUCUAAAUCGGAACAAGUUAAUCAUUGGCAUUGAUGUCUUUACAUACAAGCCUAAUGAUAUUGUUAAAUUGUUACAUUCUGGAAAGAUGUCAACUUUAAGAAUGAGGAACAUUAAAAGCCAACUGUGAACACAAUAUUAAUUGUGGUUU